CCCACAAUCAGAUAUACCCACAAGGAAGUUUGGAACUCUACAAGCUUGAGAUGAUGACUUUCCCCUACAAACAUGUCCUGCUCAUCGGAGCUACCUCUGGCAUUGGACUUGCUAUGGCCAACAAGAUGCUAGAACAUGGUAUCAGAGUAACAGCCGUGGGCCGACGCAAGGAACGUCUGGACGCAUGGGUACAAGAAAACGGUCCUGAAAAAGCAUAUAGCGUGGUCUUUGACAUCAGCAAACUCGAUGCCAUCCCUCAAUUUGUGGCUGACGUAACGCGCCAACACCCCGAUAUUGACUGUGUCUUCAUAAAUGCUGGCUUCCAACGCAUGACCGAUUUUACAUCUCCCGAAACCGUGGAUUUAGUCACGUACCAUCAGAUUAUGCAUGUGAACUACACCGCUGCUGUGACUCUGGCUACCGCUUUUCUCCCUUUCCUGUCGGGGAGGUCAACUGCAACAGGUCUGAUCUUUACUCAAUCUAAUCUUGCGAUCGUUCCCGCAGUCUCCUUGCCUGGAUAUUGCGCAUCAAAGGCGGCUUUAAAUACCUUCGCCAUGUGUCUUCGUACUCAAUUGAAGGACGCUAAGUCUAAUGUUAAUGUGAUUGAAGUCUUUCCUCCAGCCGUUCAGACCGAACUACACGAUUACCUUGGGAAAGGAGGAAACACUCUCCAAAUGAGAAUGCCCUUGCAAGAAUUUACAGAUAAAGCCUGGGCUGGUCUAGCCAAGGGUGAUGAUGAGGUCUAUGUCGGGUUUAUUCCGCCGGAGGAACGCUUUUUCAGCAUCGCUGGGCAACGUCGUGCUGCCUGUGAGGAAUGGUCGGCUCGUGCGAAAGCUUUAUUAGCCGGGGCCCGUUCCUAA